AUGUCUGUCCAAUACCCCCAUCGUGCAGAUGUGCCUGUGACGGAUUUGGACGAGCCAGACGAUCUUUUCGUCGGCCCACAAAACACAGCGUUCAUCGAUUCGUUCGACUACGAACAUGAACAACCCACGUUCGUUGACAAGGCCAAACGGUUCUUCCGCUUUCAAGACAACAAUCUGCAAGACUCGGAUUUUUUCGACAUCGACGACGACGACGAGACCGACUUGCCCCGGCGCGAGCUACGCGACUAUGCGAUCCGCCGCAUCAACCAGAAACUCAACCGUACCAUUCUGGUGUUUGCCGCUGCCCUUGUGUUGCUCCUUCUCCUUUUCUUCUGGCGGCAACGGCCCAGGCUGCAAAAGACGGGCGACACGCUGCAUGUGCUUUCGAACGGCACCCACACGUUCCGCCCGUCCACGGUGUUGGUGUCGCUAGACGGAUUCCACCCGCACUACAUCUCCGCAGAAACCACGCCUGCGCUCCACCGCAUGAUGAUAGAGGAGUACGGUGCCCCCUACAUGACGCCGUCGUUCCCGUCGUCAACUUUCCCCAACCACUGGACGCUCGUGACGGGGCUUUAUCCGGCAGACCAUGGAAUCGUGGGCAAUACGUUUUUCGACCCGCGUUUGCAGCGCCAGUUCAUCAACACAAACCCGCUGUAUGGCUUGGAUCCCGACUUUUGGCGUGGCGGCCAGCCCAUCUGGACCACAGCUGCCCUCCAAGGCGUCAAGUCCGCUGUGCACAUGUGGCCAGGCAGUGAAGUGCCCACGAUCGGAGAUAAUGGGCCAAUUGCAGUGGACCACUUCAACGGCACUGAACCCUUGGCUGCAAAAGUGGACAGGGUGAUGGGGUGGCUUGAUCUUGAGGAUCAGAAGCGGCCCGAACUCGUUUUGACGUACGUGCCUACCAUCGACCAGUACGGCCACCGGUAUGGAGUGAGCGGCGCCGAGUUGGAGGACGCGUUGCUGCGUGUGGACGCCUUUGUGGCACAGAUGGCUGCGGCAUUAGCCGAGCGCAACUUGACCCACAUUGUCAACCUCGUUGUGGUGAGUGACCACGGCAUGGCACCUACUAGCAACGAACGGCUCCUUUUCCUUGACGAUGUUGUGGACACGGCCAAAAUCGGGCACGUGGACGGCUGGCCGUUGUACGGGCUCCGACCAAAGAAAGAAUAUUCUGUGGACUCCAUAUACGAGGAUAUCAGCAACAACAUGGCCAAGCUUGGCAUCCACAACUUCACCUUAUAUCGUGUUGAAGAUAUGCCACGUGAGUGGAACUUUGGAGGACAAGAAAAGGACCACUUGUUCAAUUACCGCUUGGCGCCGCUUUGGAUUGUUCCCGACGUUGGGUAUUCUAUUACGACCCACAAGCAGUUUGAGGAGAACGACAAACAGUACAAGCCAAAAGGGGUCCAUGGCUACAAUAACUCUCACAUGCUUAUGCGGGCGCUUUUCGUGGCGCAAGGUCCGUAUUUCGACUCUCGGCUCGGCGAGAAGAAGAAGGUGCUUCCUUUUGCCAACACGGACGUCUACAACAUUGUGUGUGAAAGUAUCGGCAUUAAUCCUGCUCCUAAUAAUGGCACAAGUCAAGGUGCACGAGGUUAUGCCAUUUCUUCCGAGCAGCUUUUGCCCGAUGAUUGGACAGAUGAAGUGUCGUAUCCUGACGUACCGUUUGAUUUUGAUCAUUUGGUGCGCAAUGCUACCGUGGAUGCAUUAUGGGGGCGGAAAAAAAUAGAGUCUGAGGGAGCGAAUGAGACGGAGGAGCCGGAGACAAAGACGGAAACGAAGGCAGAAGAGACAAAGACUGACACAAAUGCAGCCGAGACAAAGACUGAGACAGAGACAGAAAACACCGUGCUAGAAACUGCCACAACGCAAACAAAGACGGAGACAGAAUUGGAAUCGAAAACGGGCACCAUUGAAGGAGAGACUUCAGCACUCAAAGGCGUGAACAAAAUCUGGGAAGACGUUGAAGAUGCGGCUCUGGAAGUUGGGGGCAUGAUUGAAGACGCUGUUCAUGGCGCUGGCGAACUUAUAGGAUCUUUAUUUGGCGACGACUAA